AUGGUGGAGUCGUUAAUACCCGGCUUGACGGACGAUGUAGCAGAGCUGUGCCUCUCGCGAGUCCCGCGCUCUAGCUUUCGAAUCAUUUCUCAGGUGUGCUGGGGAUGGAGAAGAUUCCUCAGGAGCGAGCGUUACGGAGCCGUUCGAAAGUUGACGAGAUCGGUGGAAGAGUUAAUGUGUGUUCUAGUGAAUAACAAUUACUGUGAAGUUUUCGACGGCUCUGGUAACAAACUUGGACUCAUCCCUCCCUCUCCAGGGCCUUUUAAGAGCCAUUUUGGCCUCGUGGUGCUCGAUGGUAGAAUCUUGUUCGUCGGUGGACAAUCUGCGAGGGUUGCUUUGGCGGAUGUUUACGAGUUCAAUUCUGCUAUUAACAGGUGGAGAAAACUGGCAGACAUGAACAUACCGCGUUACGGCUUUACAUAUGCUGUAGUGGACGGUCUUUUGUAUGUGAACCAAGGCUAUUCCUCAGGUGGUGUUAGCAUUCUCAACUCGGAAGUAUACAACCCGAAAACUAACCAAUGGAGCCUCAUGGAUUGUCCACACCGCCCAAACUUUCGCCCUGCCUUCGCAUUCUCCUUCAAUUCCAAACUCUUCGUUGUAGGCAAUAGAUCGAGGUUCAUCCACAUAUAUGACCCUAGAAAGAAGACAUGGGAAGAGCUAGAUUCGGGCCAAACAGGACUGGAUGUGUACUCCUACACUGUUGUUAGGAACAAAGUGUAUUUCUUAGAGUUGUUCACGCCGGAAUUAAUGAAAGUGUUUGAUCCAGAGAAGAAUGCUUUGAGCUCUGUGUUUGUGCCUCCGAACAAUAAGAGUAAAUUCAGGUACACACUAGGGCAAUGGAACAAUAAGGUUAUCCUGUUUUCAGAGGGACGUGAGGCCUUAAGUGGUGACCUUGACAAAGAGGACACACCCAAGUGGACAACCACUCCAAUUAAAACAUCUCGUUAUCACGACACCAGUGUUCUCAUCAACUUUUGA